GCUAAUACAAAUAUUUAAGAGUUGAUAAUCUAACAUGGUUUUAUUAAUCCACAGAUAAAAAAUCACAAAUCUUUCGUAUCAUUCUCCACCAGAAUCUGGAAUCAAACAAACAUGUCUCAACGAAUCGGAACAAGGCUAUUUGUCAGCAGACUAUCAUUUUACACUACAAACGAACAGUUCGUGAACUUGUUCUCACCAUUCGGAGCACUUAAAGAAGCUUCACUUGUGAUAGACCCAAAAACCAAAAGACCUAAAGGUUUUGGUUUUGUCUCGUAUGAGUCUGGAAUUGAAGCAGAAAAGGCUAUGAAAGCGUUAAAUGGAAGGAUAGUUGAUGGAAGGCUAAUUUUUGUCGAACCUGCAAAAGUGAAGGAUUCUUGAUCCAUGAUUUCUUUCCAUGUUCAAAUCUUGUGUGUAUUUCUGAUCAUUUUUAGAUAUCAAAUCACACUUGAUCAAAGCGCAUCAACUUUAUGUUCUUGCUUAAAGUUGUUCUGUUUUAUUUAUCAUUCAAUCGUUUAACUUGGGACAUUAUAUUGUACAAAUAAGAGUAUCCAUUUUCGAAAUAACGCUACAAGACAUUAGCAAAAAUUUAUUGCAGUUGGUAUAGAAAGUUGAAGUGGUAGAGUGUUUAUUGUUUUA